GGUUGCUCGGAAUCUAUCGGUGGGCCAGAUUUCACUGACACAGUGUACGGCUUACCGGCACACGCAAACGAUAUCCUCUCGCUUUGCUAUCGCGCGUCCUCCGCGACCAUCCUCGCCCCUCGUCGACUGGUUCGGUGGUGGUGAAAGACGACGGCGACGAGCCAAGAGGAAUAGCGGAGAGAGAUCGGUUGCGAAGCGCUUGCGCGCGCACUCGCACUCGCGCCGCUCCUCGACGUCGUUUUGCAAGGAAAUUGAUUCUGCGCGAAACGCCAGGCUACGAGGGAGCAUCGUCGGAAGAGCCGGGCUCCGCAGACCGCGCACACACCGCACAGGGGGUUGUUCGCAUCGUUCGCUUCGCACGACACCGUCCGAUACGCCGCUUGGUCCUUCGUCUAGCCGUCGGGGGCACGACUGUUCGUCGACCGUGCGCGACGUUGCUAUUAUGUAAGGGGACGUCGUGGUCGUGGUCGUGGUCGUUGUCGUUCGCUCGGGUGCCAGCGGGAACAUAGCAGAGGACGCGAACACGCACUGGACACGCGAAGGGGAGAGAACACGCGCUGGAAGGGCGACAUGCGAAGAGACGCGUCGCGCCGGCCGCGUUACGACCACACACAGACGUGCCACGAUCAUCGUAACCACCAGCGAUCUGUGCAGGAGUAGGAACGUGAUAUUCGCAGGACGAGCACUGCAGCAGAGCAUCCAUGGAAUUGAAAAUCCUCUGGUUCGUUCAUAUCGUGGGAAUUUGCUCCGGUUUGCGAGAGGUGCGCAUCCAGAUACCGACGGCCGUGAAGAAAGGUGACUCGGCGAUACUCAACUGCUGGUAUGACACCGAGGGGGAUCUUUUAUACGCCGUCAAGUGGUACAAAGGGGGUCAAGAGUUUUAUCGCUAUGCCCCGAACGAGAUCCCGGUCGUCAAGACUUUCCCCAUCGGCAACCUGACGGUGAAGAAAAGCGAAAGCAACUCGACCCGGGUUGCCCUGACGAACCUGGAACUGGACGCAGCGGGCGUCUACAGUUGCGAAGUGUCCGCCGAUGCUCCUUCGUUCCAGACGGCCUGCGUCCAAGGCACCAUGAACAUAGUCGGCAUGCAGGCUGUUGGUGCGUUGGCGAAAACACACGGUCGAAUCUAUCGGCUCGAUCUGUGCACACAAUUACCCUCUCAAGGGCCGUCGAUACACGGGUUAAGGAGGAAAUACCGGAUCGACGAUAUGCUACGUUUGAACUGCACAUCCGGACGGAGUAAACCCGCGGCCAAUCUCACCUGGUACAUCAACGAUCGACAACCGCUGAAGUCGCACGUCCGCACGUACAGUCCCUUGGACACGAACGAGUCCGAGUGGCACAUUUCGCAGAUCGGCCUUCAGUUCCUCGUUACGCACGACCAUUUCGCGGGGGGCAAGCUGAAAAUACGAUGCAGCGCCUCCAUAUACGACAUUUACUGGCAGAGCACCGAGGUCAGCACCGAGGAGGACAAACCGAGGCUGAUACACUACGAACCAGCGGCGACCAUCGUCGGUAUCAACUACCUGCAGCCGCCACCCAACUUCCAGACCGGCCAGAAGAAACCCGAUGGACACGUUGGAGUCAAAGUUCUCGGCUCGUCCAGGUCGGAGAUGCGGCUGCCGUCGGCGCGGCUGGUCCUGGGACUGUUCGCGUUCCUUUUGAUCGCCAUUCGUUAACCGUACCGCAUUCAACUACGCGCGCUUUGGAGCUGUUUAUAUAAAUCGACGUGCUUGUAAGAAAGUCCAGGCCGCUUUGUGUCGCGCGAUGGUCGUCCUCCGGCGACGCGCGUGUCGCGUCACGCCCUUUUCUGGACCACGGUGAGAGAGAAAGGAAGAGAGGAACGCGGCCGAAGAUCGAAGGAAAACGAGACGAAACGAGUUAUUAGGAAGUUGUUCGAUGCUGGAUAAGUCGGUUGGAUCGAGCUGAAAAAACGAAGGAGCAGCGAGAAAGGCAAAGCAGAGAGGAGGCAAUGGACAGGGGAAAUUGGCCGGUGAAUCGCGAAGAACUGGAUACAGCUGUAUCGCGGCAUCUUAAUUCUCUCUACGAUGAUGGCGAUCGACGAACCGACUUCUCGUGAAAACAGGUACAUCCGUGAUCGGCCAAAAAUCGGAGAAGAAACGGGCAACGUCCGAGGAAUAUUUUAUUAUUAGACACUAUGUAUUUGCUUUCUCUUUGGCAGAAAUCGUGUGUUCGCAAUGUGUAGUACACACCAUUUACGGUGGCAUCGUUUCCAAGAUGAAAAUGACAGUUUUCUUUUUCAUACUUUUAUAAAGCCCUACAAUGGACUAAACUCGUAGCGUGCAUGUAUAUAUAUAUAUAUAUAUAUAUAAAAUAUAUAUAUAUACAUGUAUAUUCUAUAUAAUAUAUAUAUGUGUGUGUGUAUAAUCUGUCUGUAUAUCCGUCUCUCACUGCCAUUAUUCAUUGCCUCUAAUUCUCUUCUUCUUUUAACUCUGUCUUUCCACCCGUGCGUCGAUUUCAAUUUUGAAAGAAACAAAGCGGUUCCAUCACGUCACGCGAUUCACCUAAACGAGCAAGAAGAACGAAACAAAAUAUGGAAAUGCGUAAGAAACAGCGAGCGAGUAGAUGUACCUGAUGAAUCGGAUAUUCGACGAGUCACUUUGCGUUGCUACUGUUAUCGUGUCUGAUAUUCUUGUAAUCGAGAGGACGAUGAACGAAACCGAAGAGAAAAGAUGGUGCUCUUCCCGCGCGAAUUGUUCGCCGUCGUGAAAAGCUCUCGCGCGGGGGAAAUAGGCGGCAACGGAGAAAACAAAAGGGCAGGACGAAAGAGGAGAAAAAAUAGAAAAAAAAACAAGCCAAACAAACGAGGAAGAAAAGGACAUUGGCGAAAGAAAAGUUUAUCCGUUUACGGUUGGAAAAGAGAAAAAAUUUGGUCGUUUGUUAUCCCUACGCUUUUCUGUUCUAUCCGCGUGCACACCGUGUAAUUCCAUCGGCAGAAGGUUAUUACGUUUUCGGUUUAUUAAAUUAAUAGCCAUUUACCGUUCGAUUUAAUGCGUUUCCCUCCGAUACAUUUGUCAACCGCGUGUGACACGCCUUCGUACGUAACGAACAACAAAAGCGAUUUACACAGUCACGUUCUGUUUACAAUGAAUAUCGAGCUUACUGUUCUCCCCCGUCUGCUUCCGGUUUCGAACGUUGUUUCCUGUUGCUCACGCCGGUGCAUCGUUCGCCUCGAAUCGGUACGCGCACAAAUUCCACGUCUUGCGACUCGCGUCGCUCGAACAAUUAUUUAUUUAUUUCUUUAUUUGUCGUUUCGCAAUAACGGACGAGGCAUGACGAUCGAGCACGAAAGAAUUAGAGAGAAAGGACGAGAAAAGGAAAAGGAAAGAAAGAAGCGAUACGAGGAAUAUCGUAUAUAUAUGUAUAUGUAUAUGUAUAUUAUGUAUUAACGAGCGAUGUGUGCUAGUAUUAGUUACGAAUUAUCGAUUAAGGAUCGCAACGACUGAAUAAUACUCUACAUGAUUUUCUAAUUGUAAUAAGUAUUUUUGAAAUCGUCAUCGUUUCUACGUAGCUAACGCGAGCGAGCGUUCGAUAGGGAACGUGUUCCAUUCGGAGAAUUAGCCAAAGAGAACAAAUAAAAACGAAUAGACGAGGACGAAGAAACGAGAA